GUCGUGCGUCCGGACUCUCACCACCAACUCGCCCAAACGCAAGAGGGACUCAGACAUCAAUAACGUCUCGCUCAUCAAUAAGACAUUUUGAUGGCGCUAGACUUAAUUAAAUAGGUUUCCUUGGCGAUAUUACGGUCUUUGAUUUUAUACUGAAUCUGAUGACCCCCAAUGGAGAACAUCUGAAGGAAGACUCUCAAGCAUCUCCAUCCACAGGAAAGCGGCUCGGUCAGAGAGAUAAUAAGACUUGGAGAUUUCUUAACUUUCAGUGAUGGCUAUCAACACUGAUGCUGCCUUUGGGAAAAGUGCCCUCGGCGAGAGGGAAGUUUCAAAUCUCACCGACUUCCAGGACACGGAGAAGCUGCUGAGCACCGUGACCACCGAGCCUACCGGGCAGAGCAACAUCAAGCAGUCCGACUCCUUCUCCCUCAACAUCAGAGGGAGCGUCCGGUCCCUGGACGCGGACCAGAACGGACACAGGUCGCCGCUUAAGUCGGGCUCCGUCGGGCAGCUGGCCGCCACACCCAAGUCCGCGUCCCGGCUCAGCCUGGGCCCGCUGCCCUCCCCGGUGCCGCCCGGGUCCGUACCCCCGACUUACCUCUGGCUCGCCGUGCUGUCCUGUUUCUGCCCCGCUGUGCCGCUCAACAUAUGCGCCUUGUGGUAUGCAAAUGUGUCGAGGUCUGUUCUCCAUACAGGAGAUAUUGAAGGAGCAAGGAAAUAUGGGCGUCUGUCUAUGUUGCUCAGCUGUCUGGCAAUGCUGCUGGGUGUGGCUGUCAUCAUCUUCAUAGUGUUUACAAUAGAGACCCAGCAGUGAACUGUGGAAGGAGUCACACUACAGUCUUCUUUAACUUCAUCUGAUCUCAAAUUUGCACAGAAGAGAGGAAGAGGAAGGAUGUGAUUUUUGAAGAUGAAAAAGCACAAAAUCUAAGUUGAAAACAAGCUGAAGAGACUCUAACAUCUGGAUGAAAGAAAGAAAAAUGAAAGAAGUCGCAGGCUGUUUCUCUUUUUCUGGCAACUCUCACGACCAUUAACCCCACAAACUCAGGAACGAAAGGAAGGAAGAUGAAGGCUGCUCACAGUUAUUGUGUCGUAUCACCAGACAGCAUAUUCUGGGAGAAAGUGUAGCUACUCAUAUCCCAAACUAGUGGUGCACUGACGUACACACCUGCCUGACACAGACAGCUCCACAAUUUGAUUAUUAAAAAUAAAUCAUAUGGCUUGAUUAGAUAAGAGGAUGUCCUAAAGACUAAAGACGACAACAAACACCACCUUCAUCAAAAAAUAAACACACAUAAUAAGAUUCGUACCUGAUGUGAAGACUCAGUGCACCUCUAGUCUGUAAUGCAGCCACUACCUGUCCUGUUUCUCUUAACAUUUGCAUCUAAGACUCUUCUUCCUGUUCGGCACAGGAUGUUCGUGGCUGUGGGACGAUGUAUAAGCUGUUUUCAUACACUGUUUACAUCAUGUUUAAAACUGUACAUGUAUCACAACAAUGCCCUACUGCCGUCAUAGUGUGAUAUCUUGCUUCGCGUGCUACUAUGAUAAACUGAACAGACUCUAGUGAACUGCCUGGAUCUCUACACCUUGUUAUGUUUACAAUAUACUGCAAGAUAUGAAUGGGGUUCUUCUCCCUGUAUGCACUGUUCUUGGCACUCUGAUGCUGAUGUUUAUACAUUUAUACUGUAUGAUUGGUUUACUGUGCCAUAGUUCUGCAUGUAUGAAAUAA